GCUGCCUCUGUGGAGCGGGGACUGUCUGCUGUGCGCUCAGCAGGGCGGGAGGAGCCGGCGUCGCCUCUUUCCCCGGCAGAGCGAAGCCGGGAGCCGGCGCUGGGACCUGGGCUGCGUCCCUGGAGGCGGGGCGCGCAGGAUUAUGACCUGGAAGAAGCUUAACUUCUACUCAUCUCCCAUUGGCAGCACUUGGGAUUUCCUUUGGGUAAUUCAAAAUGCUUUUAAAUAUAUUGGAUAAGAACUGAAUUACCAGCCUCUGUGGGACUCCGUAUUCUCUGCUCUACGAUCUUCGGAUGGCAUUCUGACUGCAUCAAGGCCAAGUGACCAGUUGUUCAGGAUGAGUGAUGAGAAGAACCUGGGUGUGUCCCAAAAAUUGGUCUCACCUUCCAGGAGCACAAGUAGCUGUUCUUCCAAGCAGGGAAGUCGACAGGACAGCUGGGAAGUGGUAGAAGGACUGAGAGGGGACAUGAAUUACACCCAAGAGCCUCCUAUUCAGAAAGGAUUUUUGCUGAAAAAGCGGAAAUGGCCCUUAAAAGGUUGGCACAAGAGAUUCUUCUACUUGGACAAAGGAAUCUUGAAAUAUGCUAAGAGCCAAACCGAUAUCGAGAGAGAGAAGCUACACGGCUGCAUUGACGUGGGGCUGUCAGUGAUGUCUGUAAAGAAGUCGUGCAAGUGCAUUGACCUUGACACCGAGGAACACAUCUACCAUCUGAAGGUGAAGUCAGAAGAAGUCUUUGACGAGUGGGUAGCCAAACUCCGUCACCACAGAAUGUAUCGUCAGAAUGAAAUUGCUAUGUUUCCACGGGAAGUGAAUCACUUUUACACAGGGUCCACCAUCACAGAUUCUGCGUCUGGGGCAUUUGACUCCAUUUCCAGUAGGAAGCGUAGCAGUAUAUCAAAGCAGAAUUCAUUUCAAACGGGAAGCAAUUUAUCAUUUUCUUGUGGUGGUGAAUCUCGAGUUCCAUUAUGGCUACAGUCUUCAGAUGACAUGGAAAAAUGCUCAAAAGACCUGUCACACUGUCAUGCCUAUCUGGUGGAGAUGAGCCAACUCCUGCAGAACAUGGAUGUCCUGCAUCGGACGUACUCAGCGCCAGCCAUCAAUGCCAUACAGGGUGGAGCUUUUGAAAGUCCCAAAAAGGAAAAAAGAUCGCACAGGAGGUGGCGGUCCAGAGCUAUUGGCAAAGAUACUAAAGGAACACUCCAGGUCCCUAAACCUUUCUCUGGCCCUGUAAGACUACAUUCCUCCAAUCCUAAUUUGUCAACACUAGAUUUUGGAGAAGAGAAAAAUUAUUCUGAUGGCUCUGAAACCUCAUCAGAAUUUUCUAAAAUGCAAGAAGACCUGUGUCAUAUUGCUCAUAAAGUUUACUUCACUUUAAGGUCGGCUUUUAAUACCAUAUCAACAGAGAGAGAGAGACUGAAACAACUGAUGGAACAGGAUGCCUCCUCCUCCCCUUCUGCUCAGGCCAUUGGUCUGAAGCAUGCUCUGUCAUCCGCCAUAGCACAAAACACAGAUCUUAAAGAGCGCUUACGCAGAAUCCAUGCCGAAUCUCUGCUCCUCGACCCGCCUGCUAUUGCCAAGUUGGGUGACAAUCUGGCAGAGGAAAACUCCGGAGAUGAAAACCGAGCUCUGGUCCAUCAGCUUUCCAAUGAAAGCAGGCUCUCUAUUACUGACUCCCUGUCGGAAUUUUUUGAUGCACAGGAAGUUCUGUUGUCUCCAAGCUCUUCAGAAAAUGAGAUUUCUGAUGAUGACUCAUAUGUCAGUGACAUAAGUGAUAACUUUUCCUUAGACAACCUUAGUAAUGAUUUAGAUAAUGAAAGACAGACUUUGGGGCCUGUUCUCGAGCAUGGCGAGGGAGUGAGGUCCGAGAGAAGGACGUGCCUGCCCGCGCCGGGUCCCAACACCAGCAACAUCAGCCUGUGGAACAUCCUGCGCAACAACAUCGGGAAGGACCUGUCCAAGGUGGCCAUGCCCGUGGAGCUGAACGAGCCCCUGAACACCCUGCAGCGGCUCUGUGAGGAGCUGGAGUACAGCGAGCUGCUGGAUAAAGCGGCGUGCAUCCCCAGCCCCCUGGAAAGGAUGGUGUAUGUGGCAUCCUUUGCCAUAUCUGCAUAUGCAUCCAGCUACUACAGAGCUGGGAGCAAGCCAUUUAAUCCAGUCCUUGGAGAAACCUACGAGUGUGUUCGGAAGGACAAGGGCUUCCAGUAUUUUGCAGAACAGGUCAGCCACCAUCCACCUAUCUCUGCAUGUCAUGCUGAGUCUGGAAAUUUUGUGUUCUGGCAAGAUGUGAGAUGGAAAAAUAAAUUCUGGGGCAAAUCCAUGGAAAUUGUUCCAAUCGGCACAACCCAUGUGACUCUCCCAGCCUUUGGAGAUCAUUUUGCAUGGAACAAGGUGACCUCUUGCAUCCACAACAUCUUAAGUGGGCAGAGGUGGAUUGAACACUAUGGAGAGAUUGUCAUCAACAACUUGAAUAAUGACUCCUGCCACUGCAAAGUGAACUUCAUAAAGGCAAAAUACUGGAGCACUAAUGCCCACGAGAUCGAAGGCACGGUGUUCGACCGGAGUGGACAGGCCGUGUACCGGCUGUUUGGGAAGUGGCACGAGAGCAUCUAUUGCAGUGGCGGCUCCUCCUCAUCCACGUGCAUCUGGAGAGCAAAUCCCAUGCCAAAAGGCCACGAGCAAUAUUAUGGCUUCACACAGUUUGCAUUAGAGUUAAAUGAAAUGGACCCAUUGUCAAAGUCUUUAUUACCGCCUACUGACACUCGGUUUAGACCAGAUCAAAGGUUUCUGGAGGAAGGGAACAUAGAAGAAGCUGAAGCGCAGAAGCAGCGGAUUGAGCAGCAGCAGCGGGAAAGGCGGCGGGCCUUAGAAGAAAGCAGCAUGGAGCACCAGCCGCGGUUCUUCAGGAAAUCCAGUGAUGACUCUUGGGUGAGCAAUGGUACCUAUUUGGAACUUAGAAAAGAUUUUGGUUUUUCAAAAGUGGAACAUCCAAUCUUGUGGUGAAAAGCAAAGAAGGAAGCUGCAUUGAUGUACUUCUCCCGUGUUCGCGUCUGGAAGCAGCGCGGCCUGUGUCUGUAUAUGUAAAAGAUAUAUUCAGAACAAUCACUUGUGCUUAGCUUAACAUUGUAAGUAUUGAAGUAUAUAUUUUCUUCCUGAGUUUCUUUGCAGUUUCAAAUACUAUCAUGAUUGUUUAUAUGAAUGUGGAACACCUUGGUAUUUCUUUUUAUAUAUAAACUUUAAUAAAAAUGAAAGAUUGAAUGUUAAUGUGUGGAUUGAAAAAGAAGCUUUAACACUAAUUUCCCAAAGGCUAGGGAAAAUUCAAAUUAAAUUUAUGCCUUAUAAAAUUAUGUUGGAGGGAAAAAAAAUCAACCUCUCCCAGGUGCAUUAUGAAAUAAGAACACCCAGACUCACCCACUUGUAAACUACCAAGUUUAAUUUGGUAGCUGAGAUACCUUUUUGCCUCAGACAGAUCUUGAAUUGCUCAUACAGAACAAUUCUGCUGGUGCUGGAGUCUGAAGAAUAUUUUCAUUUGCAAUAUGGAAAAUUGGUUAAGGGGAGGACAGAAGAUAGUGGAAUGUAUGUUUUUAUGGAAGAUGACGUGCCAUCUUCUGGAAGGGGAAGCAUCUGUGCUUGUCCCUCCUGGUAGUUCUGUUGCCUUAUAUGCAAAAUUAUACCCUUGGGUUGUCAUCAGCUGGAGAAAUUCCCAUUAAUUAAUUGUCCUAAUGGCAUUUCUGAGAAAUGUCUGAAUGGCAUUUCCUUAGUGAGAGCUAAAUCCUUGACAAAUGGAGAAAUCUUCUUCUUCCCUCCCCACCCCACCCUACCUCACCCCACCCCAUCCCACCUCACCCCACCCUGCCUCUUGCUUUGGGAACCAUCCUGUUUGGCCACAUCGCUGUGGAAUAUGGAAUGUCCCAGGUUACUAUAAAACAUACAAUGUAUUCCACACAAGAGCUGAACUUUCUAAAAGUUUAGCAAAAUAACUGAUUGUUUUAAAUAACUAAAAAUGUUUUUCUUAAAUAUUCUUCUGGUAUUUUCUACCUCUUAAUAAGUACCAUAUUUUAGAUCUUGUAUAAAAAGUUUGACCAUUUGCCUUAUAGACAAAUGUAGAGUUGGUGUGGUUUCUUUUGUGUUGUCUUCUGAUAAACUUUUAAGUGUUUUAUCCCUUUCCUACACUUUCUUUUUAUUUAUGUCAUUGUGAGUUCUGCAGCAGUCUCAAUAGAUUAUACUACUGGAAGGGGAAGCUUUUUAAAGGGUGUUAUUUCAAAUUACAAUAAUGUAAUUUGUGUAGUAGUUGAAUUGUAUUCUCAAAAUAAUUCCAGCUUCCUCCCAGAUUAUGUUAAAACCAAAGCCUAAUUGUGAUGCCUUUUACCCAGAAUCCCAUGAAAAUGUCAGGUGUGUUGAUGCGAAGAAAUUUCUCUGGAAAACAUUUUUAGACAAAGAAUUUCAGAGGUGUAGAAUGCUAUGAAUGAAGAGUAAAAUAAAGGACAGAAAAGGGGUGCACGAGUUUCAGUGUCACACCAGAUGCAGUUGGACAGCACUGCAUGUCUAAAACGGAAAAUAAGUGGAUCAGUCGUCUCUUGGAGUCUGCAAGUGACUGGCAUUUUAAAACAAGUCAUUAAAUAUUGGAUUCAUUUAUUCCAUUUUAUGGAGAUGUCAAAAUGAACACAGUAUGGGUUUCAUUUCCAUUUCUAAGCAGUUGAAUGACACAAUCCAAUUAUUUAGUGUGUGCUUUGUUCUUUUCUUUUUGAGCAUUUAUCUGAAUUCGGCUAGCAAACAUGAGGAAGCACACUAUAAAUUUAAUGAAUCUAGUUUUCACAGUGUGAGAAUAAAUGUAGAAAUUUAGUAACAUUGGCUGUUAAAUAGGCCUCCUGCUCCAGAGCCUGACUCAAAAAGGACAAAACAACAAAAACAAAAUACAGCCUGAACAGAGGUAGCUUUAUCACACACUAUUUAGAAAUUCUUUAAUUGUACUAAUGUUGUUAUUUCUAUUGAUUUUAUGCUUUCUUUUGGAAUCACAAGGAUAAAUUGUCAUUUCUGUAAUCAUCUAACUUGAGUUCAGGGUGGAAAUGAGUAAAAUUAGGCAUAAAACCAUAUGCAAAUUUUGAAAUAACUAGUCAGUACUAGCAUCUUUACAAAAGACUUUUCUAAUGCAUCGUGUUAUUUGAACCUUAAAACUACCUUGAGGAGGAAACGGCUUUUUUAAAUCUCAGUUCCUUCUCUCAGAAGUUCCUUUCCAUCAGAUCUGUAUGUCUAGAGCUUUUAUUCUUUUAAGAUAAAGAAAACAGAAACUUGAUAUUGUUUGGGAAGAAUUGAGGUAGAAUUUAACUUUCUAGACUCUGAAUCUCUCUAUUAAAUACUGCCAAUCGCUACCCCAUUGUAGAUACAUGUUUUAAUCUCUGUUUUAAUCCUAAUUUUCUAUCCCAAAUUUAUAAUAAAUCAUAUAUUCUUGGAAAUAGCACAGGCAUCCAGUCGUCCACAUUGAAUAUUCUUCUGUUAACUACCACAAAGUACAGAAAUGAAUGUCUCACAUGCCCAGUCUAGCAUGGGAGCAGAUGGUUCCUUCUCCAGACCCCAGGACGCCCAAAGGCAGGUGUUUCCCCAGUCACAGGUGACGGUAAGAGCCUCGGCGCAACUUCUCCCUGCAGUUCACCUCCUGGAAGCUAGGUGGGUUCUGUCCCUAGCUACAGAGACGGGGCUCACUUUAGGACAACAGCACAGAUAUUGGCCAAAUACCCUGAAUAUCCCAGAACCCUGCUACACACACACACACACACACACACACACACACACACACACACACCUUUAUUUGCUUCCUGGGUCACUCUCUAAGGGAGAAAAAUUUACAGACACAUUUUUUUUUAAAAAAAUGUUUAGUUCAUUUGGACUGCUGCUUUUCUUAUAUCCUGCUUUUAAUUAUUUCUGACAAGUCCGUUUCUUGGGCUUUGGGCACUGACCUUCAUUUGUAUUAUGCAGAUUUUUGACAAGUAAUCUUGUUCUACUAUUAAGGAUGUCAAGUCUCAAAAAACAAUAAAGUGUUUAUUUGGCUGUUGUGCUUUGGUGUAAGUCUACUACAUAUGACAUUAUGGCUUCCAGCUAUUGUAGAAUUUCCUCAGAUCUUUCAGUUAUGAAUAGGAGCAAUAAGAAGUUGAUCUUAUUAUCUAAGGAAUAAUAGCUACAAUAUUUUGGUAUAAUUUAUUUGAAUGUCUUUGAUUUUGAUAUUAACAUCUAUUUUUGCUAGCAGAUGACAAGCUAUUUUCAUGUUCUUUAUUUUCUUCUGCAUUGUGUUAAUCUGUUACUCAGUGUUAGUCUUUCUUGUUGGAAAUUACAUCACAUCAAUGUCUAAAAAUCAUAACGGUCUGAAAUGCAAAACAUUUUUGCAGACUUUGGUUCUCUGGAAUGCAAAGUGGUUCAUUUAUUUUAUUCAUGAUGAUUUUUAUCUUCUGUUGCCCUCAGAGGAUACUUUUUAAAAAAAAAGAAUAUUUGUAAAUCCUUCAUUUAGCACUGUAUAAAAUUAUUAACUGUCUAAAUUCUACCAUCCCUCCCAUGGUCCUCUGGCUUCCCAACACUCCUAUUAAUUUGUUUAACCCCCUUAUGUAGUUAUCAGUAAUUGACUGUGAAUAAAUAAUGUGGAAAAAGGC